AUGGACUUGCCUUCAGAAGCUCCGUCCUGGCCUCUGCCACCUCCUGGUGGGAUGGCGGUACCCCCACCUUUCUUGCUGUCCCACGGCACAACCACGCUAGCCUUCUGCUGCAGCCACGGGGUGGUGGUGGCGGCAGAUACCCGGUCCUCCUGCAAGGGCCUCGUGUGCGAUCCGUCCUCCCGCAAGGUCAUCACGCUCCAUCCUCACCUCCUGGCAACCACGUCUGGGACCUCGGCCGACUGUUCCGCAUGGCUCCGUCUCUUGCGUAGCUCCCUGCGCCUGAGGCAGCUGCACGCGGGACGCCAGCUGAGUGUAGCUGGAGCAGCCAAGCUGCUGGCCUUUCUGUUGCGUGGAUGCCACAACAAGGAUCUGUGUGUGGCCACCCUGCUGUGUGGCUGGGACCACAAAGGGCCCGGUCUGCAUUACGUCUACAGUGAUGGCACGUGUCUCUCUGGGGAUGUGUUUUCCGUCGGCUCCGGGUCCCCCUAUGCCUACGGUGUGAUGGAUGGCGGCUACCGCUAUGACCUGCCACGUGCGGAGGCUUUCAUGCUGGCCCGCCAGGCUGUGGCUCAUGCCACUCACCGAGACGCCUACUCUGGGGGCAAUGUGGACCUGUACCACGUCCGGCCAAGUGGUUGGGUCUGCGUCUCGCGGGAAGACUUGAGCGAAGUCUUUCGAGGCUUGGGACCAGCAGCCGAAGACGAUGGAGACGCCGAAGGAAAGCAACAGGGAUAG